UUCGGGUCCCACCGAGCUGCCCCAGUAGCCACCGCCAUCACCACUGCCACAGCGCCCGGCUCCGGCUCCGGCUCCGGCUCCUGCGCCCUCCCGGCCGGUCAUGCCUCUCCGCCGCGCCCAGGAGCCCGGUGCCCAGCUGCUGCCCGCGCUGGCCCUGCUGCCGCUGCUGCUGCUGGCCGCUGGGCCCCACGGCUGCCUGGCCAGCCCGGUGCCCGCCGCGCCCCUGCCUGCGCCUGGACCGUGCGCGGCGCAGCCCUGUCGGAACGGGGGCGUGUGCACCCCUCGUUCCGUGGCCGGCCAGGAGCUUCCAGCCGCGGAGCCCGGCUACAGCUGCACCUGCCCGGCUGGGGUCUCGGGCACUGACUGCCAGUUUGUUGCAGAUCCUUGCACCAGCAACCCUUGUCACCAUGGCAACUGCAGCAGCGGCAGCCCCAGCAGCAGCAGCUCCAGCCCCAGCAGCCCCAGCUCCAGCAGCAGCAGCAGCAGCAGCUACCUCUGCCUCUGCAAUGAGGGCUAUGGGGGUCUCAACUGCGAACAGCCACUUCCCAGCAUUCCAGCUUCUGGCUGGACCGAGUCGGUGGCACCCAGACAGCUUCGACCUAUCCCCGCCACUCAGGAGCCGGACGUAAUCCUGCCCCGCUCUCAGGCAACCGUGACCCUGCCAACCUGGCAACCGAAAACAGGACAGAAAGUUGUAGAAAUGAAAUGGGAUCAAGUCGAGGUGGUCCCUGAUGUUGCCUGUGGGAAUGCCAGCUCCAACAGCUCUGCAGGUGGCCGCCUGGUAUCUUUUGAUGUGCCACAGAACACCUCAGUGAAAAUUCGGCAAGAUGCCAGUGCGUCACUGAUCUUGCUGUGGAAGGUCACAGCCACCGGUUUUCAGCAGUGCUCCCUCAUAGAUGGACGAAGCGUGACACCCCUCCAGGCCCCAGGGGGCCUCGUCCUCCUAGAGGAGAUGCUUGCCUUGGGACCCAAUCACUUCAUUGGUUUUGUGAAUGAUUCCAUCAGUAAAUCCAUUGUGGCUUUGCGUUUAACUCUGGUGGUGAAGGUGAGCACCUGUGUGCCUGGGGACAGCCAUGCAAAUGACUUCGAGUGCUCAGGGAAAGGAUUGUGUACCACGAGGCCAUCAGAGGUCACUUUUUCCUGCACCUGUGAGGACGAGUACAUUGGGACUUUCUGUGAAGAAUUUGAUGCUUGCUACAGGAAACCCUGCCAGAACGAGGCCAGCUGUGUUGAUGCAAAGGAGAAGCAGGACGGGAGCAAUUUCACUUGUGUUUGUCUUCCUGGUUACACUGGAGAGCUUUGCCAGUCCAAGAUCGAUUACUGUAUCCUAGACCCAUGCAGAAAUGGAGCAACAUGCGUGUCUAGCCUCAGUGGAUUCACCUGCCAGUGUCCGGAAGGAUACUUUGGCUCUGCUUGUGAAGAAAAGGUGGAUCCCUGCAUGUCGUCCCCAUGCCAGAGCAAUGGUACUUGCUAUGCGGAUGGACUACACUUCACCUGUGGUUGCAGCCCAGGCUUCACAGGGCCCACCUGUGCCGAGCUUGUUGACUUCUGUGCCCUUAGCCCGUGUGCUCACGGCACAUGCCGAAGUGUGGGCACCAGCUACAAAUGCCUCUGUGAUCCAGGUUACCAUGGCCUCUACUGUGAGGAGGAAUAUGACGAGUGCCUGUCGGCUCCUUGCCUGAACGCUGCCACUUGCAGAGAUCUUGUUAAUGGCUAUGAGUGUGUGUGCCUGGCAGAAUACAAAGGAACACACUGCGAACUGUACAAGGAUCCCUGUGCUAACGUCAGCUGUCUGAACGGAGGCACCUGCGACAGUGAGGGUCUGAAUGGCACGUGUGUCUGUGCACCAGGAUUCACAGGUGAAGAGUGUGACAUUGACAUCAACGAAUGUGACAGCAACCCUUGCCAUCAUGCUGGAACCUGCUUGGACCAGCCCAAUGGUUAUACCUGCCACUGCCCUCAUGGCUGGGUGGGAGCAAACUGUGAGAUACACCUGCAGUGGAAGUCUGGGCACAUGGCCGAGAGCCUCACCAACAUGCCGCGACACUCUCUCUACAUCAUCAUCGGAGCCCUCUGCGUGGCCUUUGUGCUCAUGCUGAUCAUCCUUAUCGUGGGCAUCUGCCGCAUCAGCCGCAUCGAGUACCAGGGCUCCUCUCGGCCAGCCUACGAAGAGUUCUACAACUGCCGCAGCAUCGACAGUGAAUUCAGCAAUGCCAUCGCGUCUAUCCGGCAUGCCAGGUUUGGAAAGAAGUCCCGGCCUGCGAUGUAUGACGUGACUCCCAUAGCUUACGAGGACUACAGCCCUGACGACAAGCCCUUGGUUACACUGAUUAAAACAAAAGAUUUGUAAUCUUUUUUUGGGGGAUUAUUUUUCAAAAAAGACGAGAUACUAAGAUCAUUUAAAUAUUUUUAAGAAAAUUUAAAAGCUUAAGAAAUUUGAAACAUUGGCUGCUCAAGAGUUUUCAGUAGACUAUCAAAGAACUAAUUUUCUGCAGCUUUUAGUUUGAAAAAAUAUUUUAAAAGAACAGAAUUUGUGAAAUCCAUAAACCACGUUUUAACGUACUUCAGCUCCUGACACUGUACGCUUUGACAAGUAUGUGCUUCUUCCACUGUAGACCCUGCCACGAAACCCACCUGAGCUGUGGUUGUUACAGAAUAAGUCUAAUCAAGGAGAAGUUUCUUUUCGACAUGUGAGUGCCAGCUUUCUGAGUAGAGUUAGGAAAACCUGUAGAGUCUGAUACAUAAUACAGCAUUCCUGUUCCUUAAAAUGAAGUCUGAGAUGUUUGUUUUGUGAAAAAGAAGAAUAGUUACCUUUAUUAUUCCUAACCUGAGUGAAAUUAGCCUCUGCCUUAUUCGGUGCAUGGUUAAAGUAACUUAUUUUCUGCACUGUUCCCCUGAACUCUGCAGAAAGAUUCUUUCGAGUUUCUUUUAGUCGUUUUCGUAGCAGUUGUUGAACCUGGCCUUGCAAACAGAAACAAGGAAAGGCCCUAGUGGGCAAAUGAUGAUCGAUUUCAAUCUAUAUAUUUUUUUUUGUUAAAAGUCAAAAAAAAUUUUUUAAUUGUAAGUGAAUUAAAUUGCGUUCAAGUUGUUUGUCUCUGAGGUAGUAAAAUGUAAGGGUGUUCCGGGUCCUUUUGUAGUACUUCUCAUAGUGCACCUUUAUUUAUAUCCAAGACAUUUUCGUGGCUGUAUUUGAUUGAUAUGUGCUGCUUAGAUUCUUGCUAAUUUCAAAGAAUAUUGAAUAAAUGUUAGCAGGUCAAGGA